AUGGCAGAGCGGCGUAGGGAGGGACAGGCAGACGUCGCUGAGGCGAAGCCCUUCAUCUCGCCGCUGUUGUUCGCUGUUGUCGGCAUCGGAUCGUUCGCGACCGCAGGGGCGGUGGGCUACGUGGUGGGCAGCAGACGCAUCGCGGCCGAGUUCCGCCGAGACGGCGUGCGGAGUCUGCCGCCGUCGGAACAGCUCGCCAAGGUCGGGCCCGCGCUGCUGCUUAAGACCUUCGCGUACGGCACUGUCGCGGCCGUGGUGGGCGUCCUGGGGUGCACCAAGCUGGGCAUGGCCGCGGCGGGCGUCACCUGGGACGACGUACAGGCCUUUGGACGAGACUACCGCCACCAGGCUGCUCGGCAGCGGCUCGAACGCACCUCCGUGUCGCACAAGUUCCAUUCCGAGAUUCGAGGGAGGGGCUAG